AUGAUCCUGUGCUGCUCCACGCUCUCACUGGUCGGUUGUCUAUACAUUGUACGUCAUCACUACGUCUCUGCAAGACUGCAUAGUGGUGUAUCCAUGGUACAGAAGAUGGUCGUUGUGCUCUCGGUCUUUGACGCUGGUCUUUCGUUUCCGAGAAUGUUUGGGAAUUUGCACACAUCAGAUGACAUGAGUGAAGCUUGCAACGUCCAGGCGUUUGUAUUGUACUUGUUUGGCCUCAUGUCUGUCUUUUGGAAUGCAGCAAUUGCUCAUUGUUUGUACCGGAAGAUUGUCCAUCGUGACAGUGAGGCGAGACUAAAGAGCAGGUUUAAACUUUACGUGCUGCUUGUCAUUGUACCUGCAAUGGGCUGUAGUGUUGCGCUUUACGCUGCGAGGCUGUUUGGAGAUGCUACAUUCUACUGCUGGGUCGAGUCGCGCUCCGAUCAGUUCUGGACCUUUUACUUGUUCGUCAUUGUUGCCAUUCUCUACAUCAGCGUGAUCCUCUGGGUCACGCACAACCGCAUCUCCCGCGACUUUCAGGACGCUGAUUUGGAUGCACAAGAGUCGUGGGCACUGAUCACCUCAAAGCUGAGGAUCUAUAUAGCAGCGUUCAUCGUGCUCUGGACGCCUAGCACAGUCUACCGACUACUUGACGACGAGCUUGGACCGGCGCGGUUUGCGGUGGCACUUUUGAUGCAGCUUACUCUUUGUACACAAGGCUUGACCACCGCCAUUAUCCACGGAGGACUGCUUACCAAGCUGUACCGAAUCGUAUUGUGCAAGCCAUCAAUCGUACGUGCGCACAAGUUUGUAGCCUCAGAGUCGUUUCCUUCAACGGGUACUAGCACCGAUCGUAGUCUGGUGAAGCACUAUCGUCAGCCUGCAAACAUCUUCGUGACUACUUUCAACAUGGGUGAAGCCAGAAUGGCACCUGCUCAAUUGAACAAGUGGAUACCGCUCGGACACGACAUCUAUGUCAUUGGCCUUCAGGAGUGUCUGCACUUGGCAAAUACUCGUAGCAUGAUUCGCCAGCACCUUGAUGGAGGUUGUCCAAGGCCAGCAGCAAGUGAAGCUGCUCGCAGGGCACCAAAAUAUCACCAAUAUAAUCGUGAGAUUGGAAGCAAGAACACUUCGUUGGGCUACCAUGGCCAUAUCGCUAUUACGGUGUUCAUCAGGUCCUCAGAUGUGGAAAGUGGUGCCUUCUACAUGCCGCCUGUGGUGCAGCAAGAAAUCAACGUGGGCAAGUCUUUAGUACUGGGCCGUGCAUCAAACAAAGGUGCUGUAGGCUUUGCCUUUCGAUAUUUCGACACCUCUUUUGCAUUUGUAGCGUGCCAUUUGUCCUCGGACCCUAAGGGAAAAUCAAAAGUAAGACGACGAAAUCGGGACUCGCAAGAUAUCCUGCAGGAACUACAUUUGAACCUCGAGGACGUGGGCUUCGAGUUUCCACACGUACAUCACCACAGCUUUGUUUUAGGUGACCUCAACUACAGGCUGACAAAGCGUGAUGCGAACGCAAAUUCCAUUCUUGAGCUCGUAUCCAUGGUACGGCAGUGUGAAACUGCAAAGCCUGCUCCACCUAAGCGAAAUUGCAGCUUGCGCCGCGGGCUGCUGGGCAGACGGUGGAGCCCCAUGAGUAGUCGCGGUUUCAGUAGCUCUUUCGGCCUCGGUAGUUCUCAAGAUGCUAGCAGCGACAGGGACAGCAAUGAGCUUAACGUGAGCAUGCUUGAGCGUGGUAUCAAAAGCACUUCGUCAGCAAUUGCUUCGUCGAACGGGAGUAUCAACAGCAUCCGGUAUUCAGCAGAUUGCGAGCUCAUGGACGACGACAAGGUUGUGUGGGAUGAUGUGCUAGCACAUGAUGAGCUGCUAACUGGUAUGCGAGACGGGCAGAUUUUCUACGGCUUUUGUGAGGCCAAGAUUGCGUUCCCGCCUACUUUUCGCCGUGUGCGUGGGGCCGCACUAAACUUUGAUGCGGCAAAUUGGUCAAUUGAGGAGCUAAAGGAGUGUUACACUACUGCCGUCGGGGGUCAUGGUAUGCGGGUUCCGUCGUAUACAGACCGAAUAUUGUUUUUCUCUCAGCUAGAUAUGCGUCAUCGUCUGCGGUGCGCUGUAUAUGCCUCCUGCGAAGAAGUCACCUGUUCGGAUCACAAGCCAGUACUAGCAGUAUUCCAAGCUCUUGUAAAUCGCGACAUCCUGCCGAUUGAAACGGAGCUUUCAGCCAAGAAGCUUCAGCGAAUGCAGGAUGUAAAUGGUGUCCUCGAGUGUCGAAUACGUUUGGACUUCAGCAACAUAUCGUGGCAGCCUGAUAUCGAGGCCGGCUUUCCUCUCCUUUCGUUUGGUAACUCGGUUGAUAUCGAUCAACGGUUCUCGCACUAUGAUCGUCACGGAUAUCAAGUCAUGGUGACGAUCGUCUUCCCCUUGCCAUCAGAAGACAUUUUUUCAGCGCAGCGCAAGCUACUCGAGCUAGCGGAUUCAAUGAGUGGUGGUGUGUACUUGGAAAACACUGAUCGACUGCUAUGUAAGACAAACGUGGCUCACGUCAAGUGGGCUGACUUCGUGCGCAGCGGUAUCACGCACGCCACCUUUGCGCGACCAACUAGAAACAUGCACGUGGCGAUUAAAGUGCAUGCUGGCACUCAGGGCCCGUGCUUUGGUCAGGGUGUGAUCUGCAUUCCGCAGGCAACGAAAAGUGACAAUGAGGAUCAAACGGAUGAGAUUCAGAAGCUGAACAAUUUCGUUGUGGAACUCGCCCAUGGCGGACGACAUACAGGGACGAUGUCAGGCUCCAUGAGUCUGCAGCUCGUCCACCGCACCAGCGACGCUUAA